ACAUUGUGCGAGACAUCUGUUUUGGUUGCGUCGUACACCCGGCAGCAUGCUCCCGAACGUAAACAUUGAGGCUGGAGUCGAAGCAGAAGGAGGCAGUGUGAUGGAUCUCCUUCCCUCUUUUUAACAGAUUGACACUCUUUUGUCGAAGGAGAGGUGUUUUAAAAUGUGUGUGUUGUGAAAAUUCUCUGGAAAGACCCAAGAGGAAUGCAAAACUCCAGUCCAGAAUGGCUCGAGUCAGCCAUGGCUUCUAGUGUGGUAGUGUGGCCCCCAUGGCCCUCGGAGUGGCUUCAGGGGGGCCAUGUGGACAUGUUGGCUGGCCUGGCAGAAAAGUACCAGCCAUGGUUGUGCUCAGUGGUUGCCUCGGUGAUCGUAGGGCUGGCCGGAAUCGUGCCACUCCUUCUCAUUCCCAGCGACUACGAAAUCAAGUCCAACAGCGGCGGAAGGAACAUGUUGCAGCUGCUGUUGAGUUUCGCGGUGGGCGGUCUCCUCGGCGACGUGUUCCUGCACCUGCUUCCGGAGGCGUGGAGCAUGGCGCUGGACGCUGGAGCAGGUACCCAUGAAGCCUUCACUCAAGUGGGUCUUUGCGUGUUGGCUGGAAUCUUCGUGUUCAUCAUAGUAGAGAUGAUGGCCUCAAAUGAGUCUCCUGAGCCGCAAAAUAAUAACUCUAAGGAAAAAAUUGGGGAGAAUAAGAAAGAUGUAACUGGCUACUUAAACCUUAUAGCAAAUGGUAUCGACAACUUUACUCACGGACUGGCUGUAGCUGGUUCAUUCAUGGUUUCCUACAAGACAGGAAUACUUACAACUGGUGCUAUACUCAUUCAUGAAAUCCCACAUGAGAUUGGGGACUUUGCCAUUCUACUUAAGUCUGGUUUUAGCCGCUGGGAGGCAACACUGGCACAAAUGUACACUGCAGGUGUUGGCUUACUGGGUGCACUCUUCACACUCUUUAUUGGUACUACUGAGGCCCUUGCGGGGAUACAAGUGUACAUCCUUGCCUUUACUGCAGGAGGCUUCCUCAACAUUGCUCUUGUGACUGUACUGCCAGAGCUUUUGCAGGAGGAACGCCCUGCUCAGUCUUGUGCACAGCUGCUGUGUCUCCUCUUGGGUACCUUCACCAUGGCCACAGUCGCUACCACAUGCUGAAGGACAGGCAUACUUCAGUUUUCUCUUCCGUCUUGUCUUAUGUUCAAGGGGCUGUGAUGUCCUUAUGCCUGUCGAGGAGAGCUGGUCAAUUUUCCUAGUAGUUGGUUAGGAAUAAUUUUUUUCUUUCUCCCAAGUGUAGAGAAAUGUUUGAAUUUUUGUUUCUUUCAUAUAGACUGCAGGUGUAAUGUAGUGAUGUGUUCUGCAUGGAUAGGAAGUCCAGAAAGAGUUAUACUGGAUUAUUUUCUCUCUUUUUUGUCUUUUAAAUAACAUAUCAG